AUGAAGGCACUCCCUGUGGUGGUAGACCGCAUGGGGAAGAAGAAGACCCUCCAGAGCAACAACGGGGAAGUGGUUCGCGCAAAAAAGAAGAAGAAAAAUGGCACGGAUACUUUGCUGAAAAAGAAGGGAAGUACAUCCGCGAAGGAGGAGGCCGUGAGGAAGAUUCUUAAAAAAUUGAAGUUGAUGGGUUCGCUGGUGGGGGAGAAACGGAGCAAGAAGAAGGAAGGGAUAGGGAAGAAGCCCAAAAAGGAGGCAACAAAGUUGAAGAAAAUUACCCCAAAAGGAAAUUUGUUGAGGACGGCCAGCCGCAGGUUGCCCCCCGGGACAGACCCGGACGAUCGCGCUGAAGCGAAACAGUUGGCCAAAAACAAAGUCCUCCUCGCAAAAAAGCGAAAGCAAAUAAUGAUCAAGGUAACCCCCAGUGAUGGGAACAACGAAUGGCUGGAAAAGUUGGACUUGACCUGUUCACAAAACUUUUAUUUAAAAAAAAUGAAAUUGUUUGGACACUGCGAAGUGAGGGAAAGUGAAUUCUUGAAGCUCACACAUGAAAACGUAGUGGAGGGUCUGAAGAAGCUCCAGGAUCUACACAUCUCCUUUAACAGGCCAUACGACUUCUUAGCAGACAUGGUUAAAAGUGACUUGCACAUGGAAAAAGUCAGACAAAAAAUUGUAAAGGAUCACGAACGGGUGGAAGAGAAAGAAAAAAAUAAAAUAAAAAGAAUGAAUAAAAAAUUUAAUAAAAAAAGUGGCUCUGCAAAAGUUGCUAGCCAAAUGGAAGCUAUAGAAAAAAAAAAAAAUUUGCAAAAGAUCGACCAACUGCGGAAGGAAGAUAAGCUGAACACGCUCAACGUGCAGGAGUUUUUCCUGAAGCAUUCUAAGUCGGACCAGGAGAAGGGCCGUCGGGAUGGUAAUACAAAAAGGGACCAAAAGGGGAAUGCAAAAAGGGACCAAAAGAAGAAUAUAAAAAGCGAGCGAAAGGGGAAUGCGAAAAGCGACCGAAAGGGCAAGGCACGCUUUAAGACGAAAAAGCGAAUUAAGAAGAACAAAAAAAAUAAAAGCAGGAAAAAUUUCAAGAGGCGUUAG